UCAAAAAAAGCACGAACAGAUAAAAUUCCAUGGAUACCCUUCUCUCCACAACCUUGCUUCCCGCUCUUUACGUAACUCAACGGUCCUUCCCUCCAUUGAAUUACAGCUGCAGCAACUCCUCUUCUAACAGCCUCACAUACACUCGAAAUCCAAAACCCACGGCACUCCAUUUUUCUACCAACUCGACUCUUUCAGCGUCUCAAGAACAACACACCGUUUUCUUCAGUGACUGGCCUCAUCUCCUCCAACUCUCAAUUGGGUCCAAAAAUCUCAUGCUGGGUCAGGCAAUUCAUGCAUUCUUGAUCAAAUGUGACUGCCAAAAUGAUACAUUUCAGGGCAAUAAUCUUGUCAACUUGUACUCCAAAUUCAAAAGAUUGGAUGAUGCACAGCACGUUUUCGAUGAAAUGCUUGUUAGAAGCACAAUCACUUGGACUUCUCUCAUGAAGGGGUAUGCUGACAUUGGUGACUUUGAAUCUGUUUUUCAAAUUGCGCAUGAUAUGUUUUGCAGUGAGGAGAAGUUUAAUGAGCAUACUUGCUCAGUGCUUUUAGAGGUGUGUAGUUCACUGGAAGACUGGAGAUUUGGGGAAGAGGUUCACUGUUUUGUUGUAAAAAGUGGGCUCCAGGAGAAUGUUUUUGUGGCCACUUCUUUGGUUUCUAUGUACUCUAGAAGUGGCUGCUUGGGUGACGCGGAGAAAGUGUUCAGUAACAUGGAUUACAAAGAUGUUCGGUGUCUAAAUUAUAUGAUUUUAGAAUAUGGGAAGGCAGGCUGUGGAGAGAAAGCAAUGGGGGUCUUCAUUGAUCUUCUGAAUUCUGGUUUGGAGCCAAAUGAUUACACAUUUACUAAUUUAAUUAGUGCUUGCAGUGGAGAUGUGGGUGCACAUCAAGGCUUGCAAUUACAUGGGCUUGCUAUCAAGUAUGGUAUUAUGGGCGAAACAUCGAUUGGAAAUGCAGCACUAACCAUGUAUGGUAAGCAUGGGAUGGUUGAAGAGGCUGAGACAAUGUUUUAUGUACUGGAUGAGAGGAACUUGAUAUCUUGGACUGCACUUUUGUCAAUGUACGUUAAAAAUGGCCAUGCUGAUAUGGCACUGAAGGUUUUCUUAGAAAUACUUUAUCUAGGUAUUGGCUUUGAUUCUAGUUGUUUAUCCACCGUGCUUGAUUCCUGUUCAGAGUGCAGAAAUCUGGAAUUGGGACAUCAAAUCCAUGCAUCUGUUAUAAAACUUGGUUUUUGCUCUGGUGUCAAUGUUGGGACUGCUUUGAUAGACAUAUAUGCUAAAUGCGGGAACCUUCAAUCUGCUAGACGGGUUUUCGACAGUCUUCCAGCCAAAAGCACUGCCUCAUUCAAUGCAGUUCUUGUUGGAUUCAUGGAAUCACAAAGAGAUCUUGAAGCUGAUCCCAUGGUUUUAUUUAGUCAACUGAGAUUGGCUGGCAUAAAUCCAGAUUUCAUAACUUAUUCACGGCUCCUUAGUUUAGCUGCUGAUGAAGCUUGCUUAUAUAGGGGGAAGGGUCUCCAUGCUUACACUAUUAAAGCCGGAUUUGAAGCCAAUUCCACUGUAGGUAAUGCUGUAAUUACAAUGUAUGCCAAAUGUGGUAGCAUUGAAGAUGCUAAUCAAAUGUUCAAUGGUAUGAACACUCGUGAUUGUGUAUCCUGGAAUGCCAUAAUAUCUGCAUAUGCCCUCCAUGGAGAAGGCAACAGAGCACUUUCUCUUUUUGAAGAAAUGAAGGAAGAAGGAUUUGCCCCCGAUGAGAUAACGUUAUUGGCCAUUCUUCAAGCUUGCAGUUACACUGGAUUAUGGGAAACUGGGUUGCGCUUAUUCAAUGAAAUGGAGUCAAAAUAUGGGGCUAAGUCAGGAAUUGAGCACUUUGCAUGCAUGGUUGAUCUUUUGGGUCGAUCUGAGAAUUUUUCAGAAGCCAUCGAUUUCAUCAACAGAAGUCCAUUUCCAGACUCACCUAUGCUUUGGAGAACUUUAGUCAAUGUGUGCAUGUUAUUGGGGAAUUUGACAUUUGGCAAGUUAGCCGCGAAAUGUUUGCUUGAAUUGGAACCUGGAGAGGCCGGGUCUUAUAUACUUGUUUCAAAUAUGUACGCUAGAGGAGGAAUGUUUGAUGAUGCUGCAAAGUUUAGAACUAUUAUGAAUGACUUGAAAGUAAACAAAGAAGCAGGUUGCAGCUGGAUCGAAGUAGAUAAUAAGUUUCAUUAUUUUGUCGCAAGUGAUAUGGACCAUCCAAAUAGUGCUGAAAUUUAUGCAAAAUUAAAUCUAUUAAAGGUUGAAAUACACCAAACUUGCAAGGAAAGAAGUACCUCCAUCUGAUUUGGGAUCUAAUAUAAGUAUACAAGCACAGCAUCCAUCUUCUUCCUUCAAGAUUUGCAGCGUGUAGGAUUCCUGAACUUCAUCUCAUAUGGAGCAUAUGAAACUUUAUCACUUGGCUUGGAUGCAGAGGACAACAGAGAUGAAGGAAUAUUAGUCAAGGAGCUUCCCUACUGUCAACUUCUUGGCCUGGGAUCAA